AAUGCAAGAUUCUUGUAGGAGGCAAGAUAAGUAUAAAUAUGGCCAUUUCUAGUUAAAAAGUCUCUGGCUGAGCAUUAUCGUGUUUUACAUUGGUACUUCACUUUAUUCUCCCAAUUAAUUCAACGCCAUUGGUCCUCUUUUAUAAUCAUAUUUCAUUUAUCUUGGUCCAGUUAUUGUUGAACUUUUUCUACAUUUUAAAAGGAUGUGAUUGAUAUACUAAUCGACAACCAAAGUUAUAUGUAAAUGAUUUACUACAUGUAUUAAAAACUGGAAAUCAUUAAUGCAAGAAUAGCAAGGGAAAUAUUUCUGUACUUAUGUAGAACCUAUUCUUUAUUUUCAUAAUACACUUAUUUAUUAACACAUUAUAUUGCACCGAAAUGUAAAAGUUUUAUUCGAUAAAGUUUCAGUUUUGACAAUCUAACUGGCCAUCUAGUACAGUUAACAAAGUACCUAUACAGCCAAGUUGGUAUCAAAUUACUUCACCAUUGUCUCUAAGGAUUCGAGCCCUGCUUUGUGAGUCAUCCAGCCUGCUUGUGGAAGGUCAGCGGUCAGGUGCCCACCUAUGCCAGAAAUAGUGCCAAGAAAGGCACAUGAGUCUUCCUCAACGAUUGCAGAUAGAAAGCUGCAAUAUAUCUGUGCCGAUGUGAUGUAAAACUUUAAACAUAUAUGUAUAACAUAAGAUUGUCUUCAAGACCUUGGUCAUUUUGUUUUUUUCUAGGGUUUAUGUCCCACCAAAACAAUUUAGGAAUAUGACAACUUUUCAGCUUUAAAUGGUGAAGAUGUGCCAAGGCGCACGUCAUUAUAUGUAUGGGCAGAUGCCAGGGUAGAACCAACUACAUUCAGUAAACUGGUUGUAUUGCUUGAAAGAAUUUCAUGUCACUUGAAGGGUUUUAUCCCCGAAUAGGUGAUGGCAAAACGAUUUGAAAGUCAACUUCCAGCUCUGAAUGUGAAAGGAAUGCCUUUUAGCCACUCAGUCAUGCAUUGCUCUAAAAUUGACAACAUGUGAUAAACACCAUCAAAUAAACAUUUGAGAAUGAUAACAACAAUGUAUCUUAAAAUUACUUCCUGGUAUUUCCUGUUUAUUCUAUUCAAGAUAAUAGUUUUAGAAUAAAGCAUUGUAUAUCAUAGAAGCAGUUGAUUUAUUUAGCUCCAAAAUGGAAAUAAAAUAGGUACAGCGUGAAUGUUUAUUCUACAAUAUCUGGAUACAUGUCUCUCAUUUUGUAAUUAUCUUUUUAUUAAACAAAGACAAUAAGUACUAAUACUACAAUACAAUUUUUACCUUGGCUUAUUUAAUUCAGUAAGUGCAAUCGCUUUGAUUGAUAAGUGAAUAACUUCAAUAAAUUAAAUAUAUAAGAUGCAAAGAAUCAAAUACACAUUUUGCUUUUUACAUCCAUUUACUUUGUCUUUAUCAUGUUAUCGAUAGGCUUCCAACUGUAAAUAUUAAUCUAAAAAAUAUACAGUAUGGUUGAUUUAGACAUAUUUUGUUCAUGUCAUAUCUUUAAGAUAUUGCAAAUUAUACUAAAUUUAUAAAAAUACAAGUGAUUAAUCUACCUUUAAGCUUUAGAAACACAAGAUAGAAAUAAAUGUUCGAUUAAAACUUGUUUAAUACACCCUCUCAUGAAUGUAACAUACAAAGUGCAUAUAGUACAUUUUAAAGAAAUGAAUUGGUAGGAAAAACACCCUCUCAUGAAUGUAACAUACAAAGUGCAUAUAGUACAUUUUAAAGAAAUUGAAUUGGUAGGAAAAUGAAAAAUAGAAUAAUCUGAGGCGGCCAUUUUAGAAUAAACUUCAUAAAAUAUAGCAAAAAAAGUCAUAAAUUCAUAUUUUCAGACAAUUCGACAGGAUCUGGUUUAUUUGUGUUUUUGGAUUAUGAUAAGUCACAACAACACAUUUAAUGUAAGAUGGCGGUAUCGCAGUAGGCGUGGUGGUUGAAGAUAUUAUUUGUAUGCCCCUCCUUAUUACGAGUACAUUCGGUAUCUCUGUAGGCUAAGAACCGCCAACCUUUUUUGAGUCAGCCGAAUAAUCAAGUAAAACUGGUGGUGUUCCAAUCCCAAUGCAGGGGGGAACAAAUGAUUCGUUAUUAAUCAACACUGAACCAAGGAAGGUGCAAGCACAUUUUAAAAGAUUAUUUCUGUAUCUCUUCCGAUUCAUAAAGCAAAUAUUUGGUUUGAACAUAUAGAUAAAUAAAGAAAGAAAAGUUGUAGCUAAACACGCCCAUAAAAAGCUCAUAUUAAAAGUAUUCAGAUAUAUUUUUCAGGUAUUUCCCGGGUUCGUUAAGUAAGAUAGUUUAAAUUUCAUUUUAAAUUAUUGAUAUACAUGGUUUCAAUGUUUUAUUGUUUUAACACAAGUCAAUAUAUAUAAUUCCUAAAUUAAUAUCUGCAGCGACAUUACUGGCAACAAGUUUUCAUCAACAUUGGAGCAUAUUUAUAAUCUCGCCUACAUUACAAGCUAUAUACACUGGGUUCUUAUUCAGUUUAGGAAAUGGGCGUUGAAAAGUAGAUAUAGAACAUAUCAGUGCAGGGCAAAAUCCAAAUUUAUCUCGUGAGGAAACAAGUUUUCCCGGGACGCCCUGGAGGCACAAACAAAAUUUUCAAGCGUUCUUGGUCAAACAUAUCAGCCCACCCUUGCUCGGAAACAAGACUGGCAACCACCUGGGCCUGGUAGGCGUCCAUCCUCUUCACAACGCGUUCUUCUACAGUUACGGGACUGAACGUCGCCCAGAAAAAUCGCAAAUAUCUGUACAGGCCCGAUUUUAAUGCCCCCUCACUCGGUUAUUCGCAUGGGCGUACACUUGUUUUAUUCUUUUCAUCUCCCCUUUGUUCAAUAGUCAUGAUAAAUAAGAAAUUGAAUAUUCUUGCCUGUAAAAGUCAUCUACAUGUACGAGUAUUUUAUAAAAAAUCAAGUCAAUAUUUCUUACUUUUGUUUUGAUAACGUGAUAUCAGGGGGAGGUAAUUGCAUGAUCUGAUGCAUCUCAUUUGUCAAAAUUUAUAGUCUUAGUCUUCUUUCUUCACACUAAAUUAAAUGACCAAUAUUAUCAUUUGUUUAUUUUGUCAACCAUGGUCAUUGUUGUAUUUACAAUUAACUGCUGUAACUGCUGACAGUUGUGGCAGUUAACUGCUGUAACUACCAACAGUUGUCGCAGUUUACUGCUGCAACUGCUCACUGAUCAGUUCCCACUGAUCUAGAGGAAAGGAAAUUUUUUUAAUGAAAUAUUUUUCUGUUUUUCCUUGUCAGCGUUGGUACAUCAUAAACCUGUACAACAUUUCAUUGGCAUCCAAACUUUAACUUUUGUUGCUGAAAACACUAAGAGAACAAUCCGUUAUUUUCUUGCUUAGAAUACAAAUAUUCAAUAUGAAAACUAUGAAGAAGACUUUUUACGAAGUGUUUUUAUUGCUCAUCGCUUUAUACAAUAUAGUGCAGACAUAUAGCCGCCAGAAAAAAUUUAAAACGAGAAAACAUACAUUUGAUUACUAUAAUCUUGCUACUUUUACUUCACACCGUCUGUUUAGUUUUACCAUUAUCUUUGUGAAUUCGUAAAAUUUAAGUUUAUAUCAUAUGUUUGUGUUUAAUGAAAAUGUAUUUGUUGAAUGUCAGCUAACAGUGUGAUUUGAGAGAAAUUUGAUCAAUUAUUUAUUUGAUUUCAGAAACUUACAGACAAUUUCUAAUAAACUAGUAUUCUUAUAUUAGAAAGAUGUCGGACAACAUUGAAAAUACAAAUAAUUACUUGCGACUGUUUUCCAUGUAUCUUGACCUUGGUACCGACACGCUUCUUAGCCUGUUCUUGAAAUUAAUAUCUGUUGACGGACACGAAGAUGUAUCAUCUUUCCUUCAUGACAGAACGAACAUCCGUAUCUUGUCUGAACUAAAAAAGCAGGGUGCUCUUAAUCUAAAUGAAUUCAUCUUAGUCACAGCAGCUGACCCAGUUCCGCAGAAGUUUGAUAUCACUCUCCUGAUUAAACUUAUAACUAACUUGUUUAGUAGUAUCGUUUCCUUUCCGGUCAAAACGCCUCAACCAAAGGAUUAUUCAGUAGGUGCAGAUCUUUACCGCUUGAGAAAGUUUCGAAAUAAGCUUGUUCACCAUCCUCUCGCUCAGAUGCCACUUGAAAGGUUUAAUUAUCUAUGGGAUAAAAUAUCGACUACAUUGUUGAGGGUUGCGCAACAAAUAAGCGCUGAUGUGAAAGAGGAAUUGCAAGAAAGGAUUUCUAAAUGCAUACAUUCAACACUAGAUAAGGACGACGCUGCAAUAAAAUCAAAGUUACAUAAGCUACAAGAAUGGAAACGAGAAGUUGAAGUGCUGAAAGAAAAGACAGACGAUUUAAUCAAGGAUUUAAACGGUUUUGAGUUACUAAUGAAACAAACACCAAACGAUACAUACGUUAUAUCAAACUUCUCUUUGAUGGCGGCAAGCUUGUACUUCUGGGGAUUCUUGAUCGGGAAUGCGAACGUGCACAGAAGACGCUCUCAGAUGUCCUCCGCCAAAACCAAGAAGCAUUUUUAAACGAAAUGACAAACACAGAAGACAUAAACAAACGUUUGCCACCAGAAACAAGCGAAGCAGAUCCAUCUACAUGGGACAUUUCCAUAAUUGCAUCUGUAAUUCUGAUUUCAUUCCCCUUUUUAAGUUUGGAUGAAGUUACAAAAAUUGAAAGGAUAAGGGACGCUAGAAAUCAGUAUGCUGUAACAGCAUUAUCCUUGGUGGCACAGGAGAGUGAUGAUUUAUUUGAGCAGUCAGCAGUUUUAAUACAUAGCCUGACAUCACUUUCGGCAGAUCUUGAAUUGCAAACUAAACAAAAGUUGGAUCUCAUGAUACAACAAUAUCCGAAAUUUGAGGUACACGAUGGUGACACGAUAGAUAAAUAUUUGAACGAAUUAGGAAAGCAUGGUGCUAACAUCAAAAGCAUUGAAGAUCUGUAUAAAGAGCAUAUGGAUCAAUUGAGAAAUACUUUACGGGAAAUGAAUGAGAACGGUAUACACUUCAAAACUCCACACGAAAUUCAGAUAAAAUUAGUCACAGUGUGCGAAGAAGAGGAAACGAAAAGAAAUGCUGAGGAUACACUAGAAAAGGUUUACAAUACUGCUCUUGCAAAUGAUGGAGUCAAUACAAGCCUUUCACCUUCUAAUCAUUUGGAUAAAGAAGUUGAAACGCUGAUCAGACGCUUUUCAGGCCAUCCUGACGUUACAGCGUCUGGAAUCAAAAGGAAUUGUAUAACACUUUUCCUGUCCUGCUCAUCGUGUCAAGGAAUUCUUCAUGUGAUAGACUAUAUAGGUAGUCAGCAUUUUGAAAAAAUACAAAGCAGAAUUUCAGAUGAAUUAUCCUACAUGUAUGGAGAGGCUUUCGCAGUGCGAGGAAAUAUCCCUUUAGAAAGCAUAUGUGGCGUGUUAAAAGAUCCACGUAACGAAAGAGGUCAAGUAGAAGGUGGAUUGAGUGUUGCCAUUGAAUGUUCGUCCUCAGAAGGAAUUCGGCAUGUAUUAUCUUUGCUUAGUGACAAUGAAACGACGAACAGUUUCAAUCACAUAUCCGAUAUGUUGUCUUCAAAGUAUGAUAAGAAAGUAUCUGUACAGGGUUUCGCAGAUUUGAAAGUACUUUCGGAUCUAUAUGAAGAAACAGAUACCGACACAUCUGACUCCUUAAAAGAUCUUAACGAAGAUGACUGGCUAUGCGCGCAAAAUAUAACUGACGUCGAAGGUAAUGUUACGCCAACGUAUUUGGAAACUGAAUCACAGACACUUAGAGAAAGUAGGAGUAAAAGAGAUAGCGUACGUACAGAGCAGAGAUUUGUGGAAGACUCACAGUCAGAUAAGAAGCCGAAUCCAGAACACGAGUUUAGCAAAGAAGAAGAUGGAGUUUUAACAGAAACCGAAUUGCAGUACCAAGAUGAAGACGUCCAGAUGGGUACAGGAACCAUAGAAGAAGACGAAUCGCAAUUUAACAUGAAUAAUAUAAAGGAGACAGCUCAAAUUUUGUAUGAACUGCAAAACCGAGUCGGCAAAAUAAAAAAUGAAAUUGUAACCACAGCGAACGAAGUGUCCUCAUUAUAUGUCGAUAAAACAUCUGUACCCGUAAGUUCUGUCGAGUCGCAACAUCAAAAAGGUAUAACAGAGUCUAUACUGAUUGAAGAUAAACGAAAUCAGCCAUAUUCAGAAGACCAUGAAAAAGAUGAUACAUCAAAGGAAAUGUCUCCAAGUCUUUUAUCCGAAAUCAAUGAGAGUACAUGUGCGUCAUUGAAACAAACACUAAAAGAAAUGAAGAGUAUUAUAUCGAGACUAACAGACUGUGUUUCAACGUGGAAAGACAACUUUAAGUUAGUUUAUGUUGGACUUGCAGAUUACCAAGAAAUAGACGAGAUUGCUUCCAGAUGCAGCCGAAUUGGGAGGUACAUUCAUGACCUGCAUCAUGAAAUUCUUCCAUUAUUGUUCAAUAUCCAUGUAGAAUGUGGAUGGGCUACGAAAGAACUAGACAUUUAUGAGCACAAGUUGGACAGUUUGUUUAAUGACUUCACAAAAAGUACGUUUCUCGUCACUGAACAGGACAAUUGUUUCAUCAGAAUGGACGGGAGGAAACACCUUCCUGUUUUGACCGUCAGGAUUCUAGCGGCCGAAAAUUUGCCGCCACAUUUCGAUAAAAUAGAGGCAAUGCUGCUCUCCGAAAGCGACAUAAAUGAUAGUUUUGAUGGCAACGACGAUAUGAAACAGUUUUCAAUGAAAGCGAAAGAGAGAAGUCUCCAUCUGACAUCAAACCAAAUCUAUUUCACACCCACAAGACACGCAAGCUUUAGAAAGUUGAAAAUAAAGAAUAAAUACCCUCCGGAAGAGUUCACCUCAGGCGAACAGGAGUACAAAGUGAAAUAUAGAACAGUUUUUACAACAACACUCGCUGACAGGCCAUACUGGACGCUGUCUCUCCCAAUGACUAUGCUCCAUGAUUCAGUACCGGAUCAAAAGUUUCUUGCCAGUACGUCCAUUAUGUGGCAGUGUUGGGGUGCUGAUGUGUUCAAGCUACCCUUGCAAUCGGAUACAGGUUUGCCAUGGACCAAGGUAGAGGAGUUUUUACAGGCAAAGUUCCUCAAGUUACAUCCAUUGACACCUCUAUCUGAUGGAAACAUACUUUAUUUGAAGGAAAUGUUGUUUGGUACAACUGAUGUUCCGGAUUCAUGGAUUGUUUCGUUUGAAGAAUUCUGUAUAAAUGGAAUGGAAUCAACUUCUUCGACACGAACUUUCUGGAAAUGGGUUACAGAUGCAUACAACGUCAUUGAAAAAUAUCUAAUAGACUUUUGGAAGAAUGGUUUGAUACUUGGGUUUAUCAGCAAGGAAGAGGCUGAACUGAGGCUAAAAGACUACAACACCCUAAAGCAUGGGACCUUCAUAUUGCGAUUUUCGGACCAUCACCUGCCAAACAAUGGGAAUGUUCAAAAUGUAUAUGGGCAGCUCAAUGCAUAUGUAUUAACAAUCACAGAAGAAAAUGUGGCCAUAUCAUACUUGGCGUCAAGCGUAUAUAGGACACUUGGCGAAUACUUGAACAGAAAUGACAGUAAAACAGCUGAACCACGCUGGGUUUUUCUAAUCAAGCAGAGUGAUUUACCUAUAAGCGAGAGUGACCAAAGACAUAUAGAGGAUGCAACCAAACCAGGUGUUAUAUUUCUGGAUGAAAUGGAAAAACUUUUAUACAAGAUACCAGACCUGGCAGGUAUGCUCCGGGAGCAUGGAAUGCAUGACGGUCUUGAAAUAUUGCACUCAAGUGAAGUAAACGAAGACAGCGUUCUAGCUUUAAGCGAGUAUGUAUUCAGAAAGAUCGGAAGAGCCCUUGAAGAGUCACAUGCCGUGCAAGUUCCAGGUGGACAGCCUGAGUCUUGCUGGGACUAUAUCAUUAAUCAUGAUAACACACUCAACAUAACCCGGAAAGACCAAAGAAAUAUAGGUAACAGUUUAAACCCGGGCGAAAAAUUCCUCGAAAUCUUCGACUUUUGCAAACACACUCUGACAGACCUUAAGAUCUUAUGCAAGACUUACAAAAUGCAAGGAAUCCUUGAUAUACUUGCAUCAAGUCGACAAGAAGGGUAUCUGCAAAAGACAUUAAUUGAUGUACAUAUUGGCGGCGAGAGGGAAUUUCGAGAACAAAAACUGCUUGAUAUUUUGAAAGAAAAACGUUCACCGGAUGGCUGUCAAAUGUUUAGAUAUCUCUAUCCGGGAUUAUACACAUUGGAUGAACUCUGCGGAAAAUAUACUUAGUGAUAGAUGGUAUGAAACAGGAAGAAAGAGUAACACUAACCUUUGACAGAAAAGCGUUUUUGAAGAAGACUAAAGAUGUUCAUAAGUACACUCAAACAUACGAAAAGAGGGUUGGGACAUGCACAUUACCAGUUGCCAGCUAUAUGCAGAAUGUUAUUUGCCAGUUUGCAAAUAACUAUUAGCUGAUUGCGAGUGUAGACAUGCCAAAUGCUUACUGCAAACUGCCAUUUGUUAAUAACUAUUUGUUAACUGAUCUUUUGCUUACUUUUAUUUGUCUAUUUUUAUUUGCGAAAUGCCAUUUGCCUAUUUCUGUUUGUCAAUUGCUCUUUUGCUAUUUGCCACUUACGAUUUGCCAAUUGCUUAUUUUUCAAUUGUUUUUCUUGCCAAAUCGCUGUCAUUUGUUGAGAUUUGUUAUGACGAUUUGCAUCAUUUAGAUUAAAUGUUUUGUUUUCAUUUGUAAAGUGAAAUUUAUUUUUAAAAAAUAUGAACAGACAAGACGAAAAUUUCAGUAUCAAAAAUGAACUAGAAUUUUCAAGUGUUGUCAGUGAACAUUGUAUUUCUAGCAAAAAAUGUUCGUGUGUAUGACACGGUUUUGUGAGAGAUUCGCCUGUGGUUUCAUUGGGUAUUCUGUUGUUGCUGUUUAAGCUCCAAAGGGUCGGCCGUUCGAAUCGUAAGAGACAAAUUCAGAGAAUAUUUUUACUUCCUAAACUUAAUCCUAAAUGCCAGGCACAAAGCUAGGCAAGUAGUGGGAAAUCAUUCGUUAAGUAGCCAUCGUUACACGGUCAAACAUUUAAACCUUAGCAAUUAAAACACAAGCUCUAUAAGCUGAGAUAGAUGUUAAAUACAACGUCAGUUCCGGCUUUGCAUUUCAUUUGUUGUUAUAUUCAAAGAACGGAACGCCAUUCAAAGCUGUAGAAUAUUACUUUAAUUUUAUCAGUUCGAUAGAGGCCAUGAGGCCGAAUCGUUAAUGAAGUAAAACAUAAAACUAGAGCUUUAGAAAAUAAUUGUAAAAUUAUUAUAGCGAAUCUGCAGAAGAGGCAAGAUUUGACAUGCAAAAUAGCAACUGAGAAAACGGCAAAUUACAAGUAGAAAAUAAACAAUUUAAAGGGAAAGCAAGUUGCACAGAAGUGAUCUAUUAGUUUGUUAGUAUUGUCACAGCUUUUUGUAGUCUCUGUUCUUUAAUAUGUUUAUACAAUAUAGUAAUAUACUCAAGUAAGCAUGUUUAAACCCAACACACACGAAAUGAAAUUAAAGUAAAAAUGAAUGAUAAAUGUAGCAGCUUGACUCCAGAUUCUUUUUCCUUUUAAAUCCUAAGUUAAAUUACUUUAGUAUGAUUGUGAGUAUAAGCAAAUCAGUUCCAAAGCCUUAAAGUUAGCCAUCCGGAAUUUGGUCAUGUAGAAGGUUUGUUCAAAUGGUCAUUUACACUGUUUAAAUGCUACUUAAAUAGUAAUAUUCAAUACAAAACAAAUUCAAAAACUAUCAAAUGGAAAUCUGAGAAAAGAGAUUAUAUUGAGACCAAAAGAAAAACAUUUUUAAUACUUUCGCAUCAAGAGAAAAAUACAAAAUUUAGUUUUCGACAGGAAUCUGGUUCCUUGUGAUGGAUCAUUCUGUUCCGUGAAAAAAAACGACCAAAAUAUUUGAAAAUGGAGAAUAGCAUAUAAUUGUUACCGCCUUCACUGAUUCAUUGAAAUUAAGGGGAAGUAAUUAUGAAGUAAACAAACUUAAAACGUUCCGUUAAUAACUCCCCUUAAACAGCUUGGAGCUACAGCAAUUAUAAUGUUUUCGGUACUUUUGCAUUCCCGAAUGUAGUUUAGUGUAAUAUGAUGAGCUGGGAAACAAAGUCCUAUCAAGGACGAAACUAUUAAGACUCUGUCGAUUUGUCAACGCUAUAUCACGGCUGCUAAAUCCAAGUGUCACCACCAAAAAGUGUAAAGUAGCUAUCAAUAUUUCCGUGGUACAGCUACCACCUUCCUAGAAUUGUGAGGAGUUGCAUUCUGUCUUAUUUUUAUUGAUAUAAAUGUUUUGGGAAAUCGGAGAAUAUAGUGUUAACUUGGCGUUUUUAGCCCCACUAAAGAAAAUUACUAGAGUUAAAGAAUCAACCAAGCCGGUCAUGGGUUACUCGACAUCUUUAUUGCAUCUUCUAUACUGUACAUAAAAAUAGCAAAAUACACCUGACUGAACAAUCAGAUCAAAUUGGCAAUCUGAAAAGAUACGAUAUUAACAAUCAUAAAUACGAGAGUAUAUACCUAUUAGGACAGUUUGACAUACAGUUAAUACAAUCGCGAUUAGCGUAGACGUAUCAUAUGGAUUAAAAAGUGUCUAGUGGUCUUUAACACUAAAACCUUCAUCCUUACUAUACAAUACAAUAGCUGAAUUCAUCAUUAAGCAAGAUAAACAUGUAAUCAAUCAAUUAUUACAUUUGAUGACAUCGAACUUACCAAUAUAAGGUACUGACUGUCUCACAGUCACACACCACUGUUUUCUCAUACACCCUGCUACUGACUCUGUGAAAGUGACUGUAUGUAGGUCUGUAAAUCAAGAGUGCCAAAAGAUAAAGAAAUGUGAAAUGUUAUAUUUAGAAUUCCAACAUAUUCACCAAGUCAUUAAUUAAACCUCAAUGCCGCCGUUUCAAUUUGUUCAUUUACGUUAAAAAACUGAAUACAAUGAAAAAUACCAAUUUAGCAUAAUUUACGAAAGAAAUGAAUUAUACACAAUUCUCUUAUUGCAACGAAAGAAUACAACGAAACCAAGAAACAAGUGAAUACAUACCAAUAUUGCAGACCUUAGGUUAAAAAAACUGUUAAAAGCACAAAAAGAGCAGGACGUCUCUUCACUUCAGACUUCCCUCUAAAAGUAAGGCAAAUUCCUACUCGCCAAUGAAAACCCAUGAAAAGGUGAGCUAAUCAAAAUCAACCAAUCAGAAACGUCCACUACACAAAACAGUCCGAACGAUAAACCCAGAACACCAUCCGAAUUUCUCAUGUCUGAGAUACGUCGGGUCGGACUAAAUUCCGUCCAAAACUCGGUCCGGUCACAAUAGUUCUGUGUAAAGAUACAUUAAUAUCAUGAAUUGUACAUUACAAAUCAUUUUUAAAAGAAUAGUGUCUACCAAAUUACAUUUCCUAUAGUCAUGUUUUUCUUCAAAUGACGUGUCAUUGUACAUAUCUAGUCUGUCGAAUGUCAUUUGCAUAGAACCAUUUUAUUGCAUCAAACAAACAGUAUACAUGCAACAUUAUCAAAAUUAAUUGUUUCGACAGCGACUUAACGCUGAUUGUGUGUUCAGGUUAAACAUCGAAUAUUUCAAGAACAUCCUCCGAUAUUUCCUUUUCAAACUUCUGUUCGUUGAAAAUAAACGGAUCAGUCAACCAUAUCUGUCUGAUUCAUGAAAGGGGUAUUUUGUGCACCAUAUGAAGCAAUAAGGUGUCAUACUUACCCAUUCUGCCAACAUAUUCAAGUAUUUCUUCAUAUUAGUUGAUUGUCAUCAUUAGAAUUUUCUCAUUCCUUUAAGUAUUUCUUGAUUUGAUUUUGAAAUUGUUAACUGUUUGGAAAGUGAUUUCACUUGUUAUGAUGCAUCUUUUGAUCGGUAAAUAAAUUUAGAUCUUCUACA